AAAAUGCUGCCCUCGCAAGAAGCCUCCAAAAUCUACCAUGACAACUACAUGCGCAACUCCAGGGCCAUCGGGGUCCUGUGGGCAAUAUUCACCAUCUGCUUGUCCAUCAUCAACGUGGUGGUCUUCAUCCAGCCCUACUGGAUCGGCGACAGCGUCAACACCCCCCAAGCCGGCUACUUCGGCUUGUUCCACUACUGCGUGGGCAACGGGAACUCCAACCGGGAGCUCUUGUGCCAGGGCAGCUUCUCCGACUUCAGCUCCAUCCCAUCGGGAGCCUUCAAGGCGGCCUCGUUCUUCGUGCUGAUGUCCAUGGUGCUCAUCCUCAGCUGCAUCGGCUGCUUCGCCCUCUUCUUCUUCUGUAACACCGCCACGGUCUACAAGACGUGCGCCUGGAUGCAGCUGCUAUGCGCUCCAUACUGGGGCUUCUCCUGGCCACUGGGCCGUGUGAAGGAGCUCCGCAGUGUGCCAGCAGACUCGGCCCGAACAGACGCUCGCCCAGUCUGA